AUGCCGUCGCCAGCGAGCACGCCAAGCGCGCAACGACGAAAACGCCGCCGCCGUGAGCAUCAACCACUGCAUCAACAACCUUAUCACUAUCCUUGCCCCGGCGCCGUCGUAUCUCUACCGGCGGACACCACUACCACGUCGCUGUCACCUGUGGCUCUAGCUACCGCAGCCGCCUUAGCUUCGAACGCCGCCAUCACGGCAUCGAGCACGGCGUCCGUCGUGGCCGCCGCAAUGGCGAUCGCCAACGAGACCAACAUCGAUCUGAUAAUGAUCAACAAGAUCAAGGAGCACCAAGUACUGUACGACACGGACGAGGACCAGUACAAGUACAUAGACAAGAGGGACAAAGCCUGGAAAGAAGUGGCUGACGAACUUGGCAUGCCGGUUAACGAUGUCAAAUUGCGCUGGAAACGUUUACGCGACAAUUUCCGAGUGUCCAUCAAACGCACCAAAGGAUUGAAUCUCAAACCCGGCCUACCGUUCGUCGAGGGCAAGCCCUGGAAGUAUCAAAAAGAAAUGGAAUUUCUCUUACCUUUCAUGCAAAUCGGAGGGUAUUCCCUGAAGAAAAUGCUGAACUUGGAACACUCUCCUACCCAGGACUACGCGGGCGUGUAUGACGACAGAGAGACGGACGGGUCGUCCAGUCCGUACAACAACAUGUCGUAUGACUACGACGAGAUGCCCGAGCCCCGAGUGGAGAUGAAAGAGAUGUCGGGCAACUACUCGAACGACGAGGGGGGCGUGGACGACGAGCUGCUGUACCCGGACGUGGAGAUCCUGAGCAACGGCAAGCACGAGCCCCUGCACCGGGUCGCGAAGCGCGUGAAGCGGUCGGCAGAAGCCGCGGCGGCGGCCGCCAAGGAGGCCGACUCGUCCGCCCAGCUCAAGCUCAACCAACACCACAUGAACCACUAUUACCACAUACAACAGCAACAGCACAGUCACGCCAAGGUGCACCCCGUCGACCUGUUCUUCUACAGCAUGGCCGAGACGACCAAGGGCCUGCCUCAAGCGUACCAGGCGGAGAUCAAGCGCCGAGUGCUCGAGAUCGUGAUCAAGGCCGAAGAAGAGAUGAACAAAAAUAAAAACUACGAAUGA